UCUGUGCAGCCCAAGAUGUCAUAAGAACAAAAUGUUCUUACCAACUUUCAUGACUAGUGAACACCCUGGCAGCCACGUUUUUCUGCAGAUCAAAACCAUUUUCAUACACAUCCAAGAUAUCAUUUAAACAAAUAUUCUGAUUAAGUUUCAUGAAGAUUCAUAAAGCCAUAUGAGGAAAAAUGCCCAGCCCCCUGGUGGCCAUAUUUUUCAAGCAACUGAAACCAUUUUAAAACUCAUCCAAAAUAUCAUUGGGACAAAUCUUCUGAUCUUUCAUAAAGAAAGGAAAAUAAAUGUGGCCUCUAGAGUGUUAACAAGAUUUUAAUAUAGCCAUAUAAGGAAAAAUGAACUGCUCCCUGGCGGCCAUGUUUUUUAAAACCAACCGGCAUCAUUUUUGAACUCGUCCAAGAUAUUAUUGGGAUGAAUCUUCUGACCAAGUUUCAUGAAGAUUGGAAAAUAAAUGUGGCCUCUAAAGUGUUAACAAGAUUUUACUUUAGCCAUACAUGUAUAUAGUCAUACAAGGACAAAUGCCCGCCCCUUGGUGGCCAUGUUUUUCAAGCAAACGUAACCAUUUUAAAACUCAUCCAAGACAUCAUUGAGACCAAUCUUCUGACCAAAUUUCAUUAAGAUAGGACUCUAGAGUGUUAACAAUGUAUUACUAAAGCCAUAUAAAGCCAUAUAAGGAAAAAUUCCCCACCCUCUGGUGGCCAUGUUUUUUAAGCAACCAAAACCAUUUUGGAACUCAUCCAAGAUAUCAUUGGGAAAAAUUGUCUGACUAAGUUUCAUGAAGAUCGGAAAAUAAAUGUGGCCUCUAGAGUGUUAACAAGGUUUUACUAUAGCCAUAUAAGGAAAAAUGCCCCGCCCCCUGGCGGCCAUGUUUUACAACCAACCAGCAUCAUUUUUUGACUCGUCCAAGAUACUGUUGGGAUGAAUCUUCUGACCAAGUUUAAUGAAGAUCGAACAAUAAAAUUGGCCCCUAUAGUGUUAACAAGAUUUUACUAUAGCCAUAUAAAGCCAUAUAAGGAAAAAUGACCCGCCCCUUGGCAGCCAUGUUUUUCAAGCAAACGCAACCAUUUUUGAACUCAUCCAGGAUAUCAUUGAGACCAAUCUUCUGAUUAAAGUUCAUGAAGAUUGGACAAUAAAUGUGGCCUCUAGAGUGUUAACAAGGUUUUACUAAAACCAUAUAUAGCCAUAUAAGGAAAAAUACCCUGCCCCCUGGUGGCCAUGUUUUUAAAGCAACCACAACCAUUUUCUAACUCAUCCAAGAUAUCAUUGAGACAAAUCUUCUGACCAAGUUUCAUGAAGAUCGGAAAAUAAAUGUGGCCUCUACAGUGUUAACAAGGUUUUACUAUCGCCAUAUUAGGAAAAAUGCCUCGCCCCCUGGCGGCCAUGUUUUUCAACCAACCGGCAUCAUUUUAACACUUGUCAAAGAUAUUAUUGGGAUGAAUCUUCUGAACAGGUUUCAUGAAGAUCGGGCAAUAAAUGUGGCCCCUAAAGUGUUAACAAGAUUUUACUAUAGCCACAUAUAGCCAUAUUUUUAUGAGGAAAAAUGCCCCGCCCCUUGGAAGCCAUGUUUUCAAGCAAACGUAACCAUUUUCGAACUCAUCCAAGAUAUUAUUGAGACCAAAUUUCAUGAAGAUUGGACAAUAAAUGUUGCCUCUAGAGUGUUAACAAGGCAAAUUUUGACGCCGCACGACACUUGACGGGCAAAAAGUUGAUCUAUCACAAAAAACAAGAACAAUGAAAUACAGAGGCAUUUUGAUCUUUCCAGUCUACAAGAAGCACCUUGGCCCCUGCUUCCAGUUUAGUCGCACCUUUAUUGUGCUGAUGACAACGCUGUCCGACAUAUUGACAUUCGGUGUGAAUACGGAACUGUUACACUAAGAACUGCGAAUGGCUGUUUACCAUCAAGAACACGAUCAAGAUCGUGAUUACACAGGAGAUCGUGAUUACACAGGAUUAUCAGACGAGGCAGAACCAUCAAGACAAAUGGAGUGCAAACAUGAUUUAAGAAUUCUUCUUGUUGGAAAAACUGGCCAUGGCAAAAGUGCAACUGGGAACACCCUCCUCGGAAUCACGAGAGAAAACGGAUUCUAUGAUAAAAAGAGUCGUGUUUCUGUUACAGAAAAGUAUAAAAGGCUGGUAGAAACAAGAUUUGGAAGAAAAUUAGAAGUUGUGGACACUCCUGGAAUUUUCGAUACAUCUACUGAGCAUGCAUUUGUUUAUGAACAAAUAGUCCAAUGCAUAGGAUUGACAUUGCCAGGCUUCAAUGCUAUCUUCUUAGUACUUAAUUCAGAAGAUCGGUUUACAUCAGAAUUGGUAAAAACUGUUGACAUUUUCUUUAAAUUGUUUGGAAAAGAUGUUGACGAAUACGUGUUUGUCCUUUUUACCCAUAUUGAAUCAGAAGAUGAAUUGAAAAACUUCAUAAAAGACGGUGACAAAAAUCCAGACAAUGAUGGAGAGAAGGCAUUUCAAGAGCUUAGAAAACGAUGUAAAGACAAACUGUUGUUCAUUGAAAACAAAGCUUCCAAAGAUGAAAAGGAAGAAAUGGUUUGGAAUAUCUUAAAAGCAGUGGAUGAAGCCAAUGCCAAAGCAUCAAGACCAUACUUCCGAAACAAAAUCACCAGAGAGCUGGAAAGGAAAGCACAAGACUUUUAUGAGAUACAUGUCUGUGGUUUGGGAUCUGACCGGUCAAAAGAGGAUCUAAGAAUUCUCCUCCUUGGACUACCUGGCCAUGGAAAAAGUGCAACUGGGAACUCUCUUCUGAGAACAAGCUUGUUUAAUGAAAAUGCUUCAACAGAAUCAACCCAGCAGAACACAGCAAUACAGAACCAAAUUUGGGAGAGCAACGGUCGUAAAGUACAGAUUUUGGAAUUCCAAGUGAUCGAUCCCUCCAGCCAAAGUGAUGCAGAUUUUAAGGAGCAACUCUUACAAGCAGAGAAACAUUUGCAUCCCGGAUUUCAUGCAGUUUGUUUUGUAAUUGAUCCAAACAGAAUCACCGAUGUUAAAGACCAAUUGCAACCAGUCAUGGAAUACUUUGGAGAUGAUGCUAAUGAUUAUGCUUUUGUAAUCAUGACUUUUACUAAAGAUGAAGAUGAACUUGAAAAACACUUCCAUGCCAAUUUUGGGGGGAAAUAUUCGGAAGUUACACCUGUAUUCAGGUUUUGUAAAGAUAAGGAGCUGUACAUAGACAAUAAGGGUUCACAAACAGAAAAGGAAGAAAUUAUAAAAGAUAUAUUCACUUCCAUUGACAGUGCAAAUGCAAGAAAGCUUUCUCCCUGCUUCAGUUCACGUUUUAAACAAUCAAAAAUUGAAGAAGCUGCUAAAGCUGCUGAAGCUGCUAUUAAAGCUGCUGAAGCUGCAAGAGAUGCUGAAAUAAAGCACAAAGAGGAACUUCUAAAAGCUGAACGUGAGGCUCUAAAGGCAUUAAAAAAACAAAUCACUGAACAAAACACUAAAGCUGCUGAAGCUGCUGAAGCUGCUCACAAAAGGGAACUUGAAAGGGAGCGUGAACUUUAUAAAACAAAACAGAAAAUGGCUAAGCUUACUUUAAAGGCUGAACAGGAUGAGGAAGAUCGACAGGAGCGUAAAGCUUAUGAAGCAGAACAAAGAAGGGCAAGGCAGGAAGAGGAUGAGCGAAGGGAGAAAAAAUAUUAUAGAGAAGAACAAAGAAGAGAAAAGUUGGAAAUGGAAUUGUAUAAAAUGAAGCUUGAAAAUCAAAAAUCAUCAUGUAUAAUUCAGUAAAUUCAGUGAAAAGUUGUAUCAUAUUAUGAAGGCAAUAUUGUCAUAUAAUUUAUAAUUUAUAUGGUAGAUAUGUUACAAUUAGUGGUAAUCUUAUUCAAAAUACUUGAUUUUAUGUGAUGACAAAACAACAUAUUAAGUGUUCUUCACUCGAAAAUAUUAUAGGUUUAAACUAAAAUAUUAAGCAUAAAGACAAUAAGGCAAAAAAAAGACAAACAAGAAAUAUAUUUAAAAAAGAUAUACGGCGUUGAUUGUGGUUGGAGUUUGUGAAAGGUAAAGAGUUCAAUGAAUGAGAUCAUGGAAAGCGAAUGUCUUUUUCUGUGCAGUUCUUAGCUGCAUCACACGAAGUACGGGAUGUUACGCGGAGUUUUCGCGGCUUAUUUUACAUUAUUACAUAUUGCCAGUCAUAAACAUAUAGAUACAAAACAGACAAGGGACAAAAUUGUCACAAAACCAGGUUUUCAGUUGAAAAAAAGUCUGAUAAAGGGAGACAAUUCAAACUGAACUGAUUGUUUAAAAUUAACCCUAUUUGUUUUUUAAAUAAAUCUAUUUUUAGUCGUGGCGACCUUGACCUUGGAGAUAUACACGUAAUUCUUUCGUGCGACACACCGUCCAAUGAUGGUGAACAAAUGUGCCAAAUGAUUUUAAAAUCUCAAAAUGAAUGAUAUAGUUAUGGCCCAUGCAGACAAGAUAAUUUAUGGCAAUUUUUGACCUUUGAACUCAAAUUGUGACCUUAACCUUGGAGAUAUCGAUGUAAUUCUUUCGGGCGACACACCGUCUCAUGAUGGUGAACAAAUGUGCCAAAUGAUUUUAAAAUCUCACAAUAUAUGACAAAGUUAUGGCCCGGACAAGCUUGUUCCGCCUGCCCAUCCACCCGCCCACAUGCGCCAAUCUAAUAACCCGUUUUUUCCUUCGGAAAACCUGGUAAAAAACACCAAUAUGAAAUACCAAUGGACUAUUACAUGUCUGUGGUGCUCCAGUGGUUUGUAUAGCACAAAGUGAUUGAUGCAUUUCACAAUACAAAACAACAUUUUGAUGCAUCAAUUCAACAAAUUAAGUAUAAAUUCAAAUUUUCCAAAUUCAUGACACAAUAUUUUCAUAUAUACUUUUAACUCUCUGUACAGUUUGCUGUAUAAACCAUACAAACUUUGCUUUCCUUUGUGGUAGCCAAAAGCAAGUGUGCCUUCUCAAAUUGUUGCCAAGAAGGUUGUAUUAUUCUCUGUGUUGUGUAUAUUAUGUCAUUUAAGAAGAUAUUGAUGUAUGUAUCGUGUGGAUAUGAAGAUUUAAUGCAUGACAUUUUUCUCUUUCUAUCUUUUUACCAUUGAACAAGAUUCUUGUUUUGUACAUUGUUAUGUAGAUAUUUCAGUAUUAGCUCUAUUGCUGGUGUGACUUGUAUCCUUCGCACAUUAAUGAUGUGAACAUCGAAAACUUAUUUGCACUUACAUUCCAAAAUGUAAAUAUAAUACAGUCCACUCUCGUUAUCUCGAAGUCGGCGGGAACAAGAAUAAAAAUCGAGAUAACGAGAGUUCGAGAUAUCCGAUAAGGCGUUUUCAAAUAAAAAAUCAGACGAAAAUUUAACUUGUUUAUAACAUCUAAAUGCCUGCUUAGUGGUCUAACUAAAGCCGUCACCGUGUGGCAUAAUACUCUCUAUCUGAUAUAUACGCGUUUUUACGAGGAUCGAUUAAUUUUGCUAUUUAAAUGCUUAAAAUGACGUUUUAAGUAUUACAGAAUUGCAUGAACACAUGCGGUUAUAAUUUUUCUAAACUGUCGAGUAAACAUCCGGUAAUGUUGCUAUUUAUUGUUGUGAUGCAAUUGACGUCCAAUCAAGAUUUUUUAAUCUGAACAUGCGUAAAUCCCGUUCCCGAAAACUGAACUGUACAUGUACAUCUUGUAUUUUAAAAUGCAAAGUUCAAUCGAUUAUAAGAACAGGAUCAAAUAAAAAUGAAAAGCCAUUUUGAGUCUUGUCUUUAUUAUCUUUAUUACUCAACAUCCCCAGAUCUAGAUACAGGCUAUGUAUAAAUUGCAGUUAAUUUAUGUUAAAGUGACAGUUAAAGUGACAGGCCUUACUCAAGUGUUAAGGGCUAACGACAUUACACACGUGUGAUCAUUAAUGCAAUUAACGGAUCAAUUUCCAUCCGCACAGUAUCGGGAGCAGCCGGGCGAAGCGGGAUGUUGAAGUAUCAAAGAAAAUUUUUCUCACCUUUUGCCGACACUGGAACAGUUAUUCGCACUUCGAGAUAAACUACAGUAAAUACAUGUAAAAUCGGGACUCGGGACAAAAUUGUAUAUCGAGAUAUCGAAUUAUUCGACAUAACGAAAAUCGAGAUAUGCGAUGUUUAUUUAUAUAAAUAAAGAAGGAAAAAAGUUGGGACAUUGAACUUACUUCGACAUAUCGAGAAUAUCGAGAUAUCCGAUGUCGAGAUAACGAGAGUGGACUGUACAUGUAAAACUUGUUUCUCAUGUAUGUUUGUUGGAUAUAAACUGAGACAUGAGAUUGCCAAGCAAUAUUGUCCCCUACCGGUGAAACUCCACCAUUGUCAGUAUUUUUUUUCUUUAUAUUUGUUACUAUAGCAACCAGAAUUUUUGACGUAGGAACAAAAUGAAUAAACGUGCAUAAUCUCUAUAUUGCCAUCUGUCCAUGUUUCAAGUUUCAUGAAAAAAUAUGAAGAACUUUUUAAGUUAUUGCAGGAUCCAGAAAAGUGUGACGGACUGACAGACUGACACACAGAGCGCAAACCAUAAGUCCCCUCCAGUAGGGGACAAAAAGCUUGUCUACAUGCGUAUUAUUGAUAUGAACAUAAGGUACCUUUCUCCUGUAGAUGCUACUGAUUUAAAAAUUGCUUUUCCCCUAUAUAAGUUACUGAUUAGAAUAAUUCAGGGGCAGCUUUCUCCUGUCUGUGAUACUGAUUUCAGCAUUCGUACAUUUUCCCCUGUAUAUGUUACAGAUGAGAAAUGUAGAAAGCUUUUCUCCUGAGAAUGUUACUUAUAAUGUGAAUUAAAAGUGAAUACUUUAUCCCUACUUAUGUUGAUAUUAAUGACAUCCUAUCUUUAUUUCCAAGUUGCUUAUUGGAAUUGUCAUUGCAAUUAAAUCCUAAUUUAAUUUCCAUAUAACAUUAGAGCUGUCAAUAAUCAUGUUCAUGCGAAUGUAUGAUAACAUAACUUUGUUUCCAUGUUACGUUAGAACUGUAAAUGAUUUAUGUGUAUGUAUGAAAUCCAACAUACUAGAACUGUCAAUGCAUAUGUUUAUGUGUAUGUAAUAUCAUACCAACAUUGACCUUAUGCUGACCUGUAUGCUUUAUUAUAUUUAAGAAACGUCAUAAUGAAUACAUAAGCUUUUGUCAUAGAGUUUGAUUUGGCCACUAAAAAGAUAUCCCUCUUACUUACUAUUAUGAUAUGAUUCAUCAGCUGAAGCAUGUGCACAAUUACAUGUUUAUAUAUAUGACAAAAUCUGGGCAUGGUAUGUUUGGCUAUAGUGUACAAAGUUUCACAUAGAAACAGUAAAAAACCUAUGUACAGUUAAUCAUUUGUAUACAUAUUAUACUAAUGGUGUUUGUUUGUGUUGUACUGAGUUGAGCAUUUUGUUAAAUUGUUGUGUGCAACUAUUAUUAUAUAGCUAUAAUUGUUAAAACAAUUUUUGAUAAAAUCAAAUAGCUUUAAAAACAAUGCAUGCAAAAGAUGAGAGCCAUUGAAAGGUUGUUGGUUGGACAACAAAUAAAAAAUAUAUAUGUAUAAUUGUAUGCAACUUAUCUAAAUAAAAUACACAAAAAAUGCAUGAAUAUGAUUUUUAAAAGCUUCACAAUUAAUAGUUAACUAUAUAAAAAAAAAUAUUGUUCAUAGGGUAUCUUCAUAAUUAUCUUUCUUUAUUAUUGUAUACAUGAUCAUGCUAUACAAAAAAUAAAGGAAGAUAUAAGUACACAUUUCAUCUGGUCCUCUAUUACAAUCUCAUUCUAUCCAAUGUUUACACUGCUUUGAGUUUUUGCAGUUUGGUUCUGAUGACUUAAGAUCUUGGCACAGACAUUUUAGUGUUUGUAAUAUUAUAACAAACAUACUGGUAACAAGAGCUGUCACCAUAGGAUGACAUAUGCCCCUUAUAAACGCUUUGAUAGAAGUUAUAGCAUUUUUCGAAACCUAAACGCAGAUUUCGAAACCUAAACGCGGACCCUAAGGUCAAGGUCACAGGGGUCAAAAUUUAUGUGCGUAUGGAAAGGCCUUGUCCAUAUACACAUGCAAACCAAAUAUGAAGGCUUUAUCUCAAGGGACAUAGAAGUUAUGAGCAUUUUUCGAAACCUAAACGCAGAUUUCGAAACCUAAACGCGGACCCUAACUUCAAAGGUGAAAAAAUUUGUGCGUAUGGAAAGGCCUUGUCCAUAUACACAUGCGUACCAAAUAUAAAGUUAUAUCUCAAGGGACAUAGAAGUUAUGAGCAUUUUUCGAAACCUAAACGCAAAGUGUGACGGAAAGACGGACCGACGGACGGACAGUCCGAUCACUAUAUGCCCUCUUUUCUUCGAAAGGGGGCAUAAAAA